GGUAAAGUAGGAACUUGUUAGUGGUAGUAAAAAGCGAAAAGGAAGACAAAAUGAAGUUUGGUGUUGGAUUCUUGUUGAGCUGCUUGGUUGCUUUAAACACGGUCCAGAAUAUGCUAGCUUUAAGUUGUCUGCCCUGUGACUUUGACACACUAAAAUGUUCACCAUUACCAGAUGACGAUGAUUGUUUCCCAGCCUACACACCAUGUGGUUGCUGUCCUCAGUGUGCUGGAGAGGAAGAUGAUUUCUGCGAUAACUUCACAGUUAGAUGCCAUCCUGACUUAGUCUGUGUUAAUGCCACUGGUUUUGAGAAGAAGUUUGUGUAUUGGUAUGAAUUUGAUUUUAAAGGAACAUGUCAAGAAUCUGAGUUAGAAACAGAGUAUGAAUAUGAGUAUGAAGAAAACGAAACAAAGAAAUAGAUUGUAACAGUUUAUUGAUGGAUUACAAGAUUUCAAACACAAAUGUA